GAAAUGGCUGCCUCGAGUUCACUUCAUUGAAGGAAUUGGAAUAUUUUUGCUUGUUGCACGGAAUGUACAUCAAAUGGGAUUACAAUCCAACGAGGCUUGGAUGUUAAAUGUGCAGAGGUGACAGUGUCGGGGGUAAGGACAGAAACGUCUCCUGUCACGUAGCAACUGGUGUUGUACAACAAUGCAACAGAGUUUGGAAUAUGCAUUGGAUCGGGCCGAGUACAUUGUUGAAAGCGCGCGUCAGCGACCUGCCAAGCGGAGGGCCUCCUCCAGCGGGAGGAAAUCACUAUAUCAGAAACUCUACGAGUUAUACACUGAGGAGUGUGAAAAGGAGCCAGAGUUAAAGAAGCUGAGAAGAAAUGUCAAUCUGCUUGAGAAGUUGGUAGCCCAGGAGUCCAUAUCAUGCCUUGUGAUCAACCUGUAUCCUGGAAACGAGGGCUACUCGUUGAUGCUGAGGGGGAAGAAUGGGUCUGAUUCAGAGACGAUUCGGCUUCCCUACGAGGAAGCAGAGCUGUUGGAAUACCUUGAUGCUGAGGAGCUACCUCCUGUCCUGGUGGACCUUCUGGAAAAGUCACAGGUGAACAUAUUUCACUGUGGUUGUGUCAUUGCCGAGGUCCGCGACUACCGGCAAUCUGGGAACACAAAGAUGCCAAGCUGCCAAACCCACCACAUCUUACUACGACCCACCAUGCAGACCCUCAUCUGUGAUGUCCACUCGAUGACUAGCGACCACCACAGAUGGACCCAGGACGAUAAGCUGCUGCUGGAGUCCCAGCUGAUCCUGGCCACCGCCGAGCCUCUCUGCCUGGACCCUUCGAUAUCCGUCACCUGCACAGCCAACCGCCUUCUCUACAACAAACAGAAGAUGAACACGCGCUCCAUGAAACGGUGUUUCAAGCGGCACUCGCGUGCGGCGCUGAACCGCCAGCUGGAGAUGGCCCACUUCCCCACGCCGCCUCAGCUGAGGCUCUUUGACUACCUGCAGAAGAGGAAGGAGAGGAAACCGGCACCCUCAAUAGACCUCAAGAUCUCCAAGGCUGGCAAUUGUGUGGACAUGUGGAAGCAGAGUCCCUGUCAGCUCUCCGUCCCGUCAGAAAUUGACGUGGAGAAGUACGCUACGGUGGAGAAGUCCGUGAAGAUAGACGAAUCACAGCCUAUUUGGCCAGCACAGGAAGUAAAAGAUGACUACAUAUUUGAGUGUGAGGUGAACGGCCAGACGCAGAAGAUGAAGGUGAGCAUCUUCCAGCUGGUGGGAGACCCCCAGUUCUACGGGAAGAUCUACAGCGCCAAAGACUCUAAAUCGGAGGAGGACGGCCCCGAGUUGCACCUCAUCCAUCCCACGUUUGCAAUCGGUUCAAGGUGUGACGCUGACCGGUUUGUGAAGCAGUAUAAGGAGGUGUAUGAGCGGGACGUGAAGUGUGAGGUGAAGAUGACCCAUAACUCUGUGGCCCAGCCCCAGCUCUCUCCCACCCGGGAGCCAGAGACGGACUCCUUCUCAGGACUUAUGCAGUCUUCAGUCCUGGGAAAGGGCGUGAGGCAUAGACCACCUCCCAUCAAACUGCCAGCCUCUAGCACCAGUUCCUCAGGUAACCCAUAUAGUUCCCAGACCUCGUCAGGUCAUCUGAAGUGCCCGACGCCCCCGCCUGCUAAAGGCCAGUCCCUGAGCCGCAAGCACUCCAUGGACCAGGUCGGACUGCUGUCCCCCGCUGCCCUCUCGCCCAUGAGCUCAUCACAGAGAUCAGGGACGCCAAAGCCUUCCACCCCCACGCCCACCAACACGCCCUGCUCCACGCCGCACCCCGCAGACGCCUUGAGCAACAAUAGCAACACUCUCAUGGCCCUCACCCCCUCGGUAACGCCCACGCCACAAGGGCCAGACUUAACUACGAUGGCCCAGCAGCAGCAGCCCCAGGCGCCCCCCACGCUGCUCACGCCCUUCGCCCAGCAGCAGAUGGCCCUGAGCCAGGCGCUGCCCGUCAUGACCAUCCCCCUGCCCACCUCCAUCAGCACGGGCACCACCUCCUCACAGGUCAUGGCCAACCCCGCCGGCCUCAACUUCAUCAACGUGGUCGGCUCCGUUUGCAGUCCGCAGACGUUGAUGGGCAGCACCAACCCCAUGCUGGGCUGCAGUCCGGGGAUCAACCUGAGCGCCCUGAACCUGCCCCCUGGAGGACUCAUGUCCACCGCCCUGCCCACCAUGCAGCCCACUGCACAGGCCGGUGGCCCAUUCAGUCUGAAUAACACUCAAGGAUUACGGCCUCUGAAUCUACUUCAGAUCCCAUCGCCCAUCAUCUUCAACUCUCUGCAGCAGCAGCAGCUGUCCCAGUUCUCCCCACAGCAGCAGAACAGCCAAUCAGCAACGUCCAGCCCCCAGCAGCAGGGGGAGCUGACCGAUCAAACCAGCACUGACCAGGGCCUUGGAGCGCAGCAGACGGCCGUCAUCAACCUGACUGGAGUGGGAGGAUUCAUGUCCUCACAGGCAGCUGUGCUGUCGCAGCUGGGCUGCGGGCUGGAUGGGUCUGGGCCCAGCCUGCCAUCUCCACGCCUCCAGCAACAGCAUCAGCCACCACAGAUCCAAUUGCAAUUCUUACAGCACCAAAUGCAGCAACAGCAGCAGCAGCAGCAGCAAAUGGCUAUGGCAGCGGCGGGAGUGGGCCAACAGGGGGCAGUACCACCACAGCAUUCCGCCAACCAAGCAAGAAGUAAACGGAAGCGCAGCACACCGUAAAAAAAUAACACUGAACUAUAAAAGAAAAGUAUCCUUAUAGUUCCGUGACCAUAGACCAUACAUAUGAACAGUUCAAGUCGUGUUGACCUCUCGUCUUUGUAUUGGGACGAAAGGCUUAAGUCUGAUUGUCGCCAUCUUUAGCCGGUAUAACCUGGCCAUCAAUUUAUGAUGAGACGAUACGCACAUUAUCCUGUGAGUGGCGUUAGCACAACAUCUAUGAAAAACAUUAUAGGAUACCGGACCAAGAUGGCGGCCAGGCCAAAAGGCGAAACACGGCAUCUAGUGUUCAUAUGAGCAUAUGUUCUAUGAACAUAAACACUGAACUACAGGAAAAGUAUUCUUAUAGUUCAGUGACCAUAGAGAACCACCCACCUCAACCCAAUUUAUUUUUCUCAGACACUUCAGAAAAAAAUCACGGCAACACAAACUUCCCAUCUCUUUCUCUCUCUGAAUAAAGACAAACAUGUCUGUGGUUACCACCCCUCUUCUCCAGAGACCAACCCUUUAUCAUUUAUUGUUUUUUUUUCUGAUCCAGAGACGCCCCCAUGCGAGGCCAUUAAACCCAUUAUGUACACUUUUCAACAGAGAUGUUUUAAGAAAGGUGGAGAGCCUAUAUUUGGAGAAACUGUGGAGUUUUGUUUUGUUUUUUGUAUGUAAAUUAUGAUUGUAACUUUAUGCAUUUUUAACUAAAAAAGAACUUAAUACACCAAAAGAAAUGUUGUUGGACUUAAAAAAAAGAUGAUACAGGAUGUAGUAGUUGUGAAGGUGUUGAUAUUAGUUUAUCAAAGUUGGAAAAGUCCCCAACACCAAGCUGAUGAAAAAACAAAGCAGGGAGGUUAGUAGAUGACUAGAAAAUGUUAUUUCUUUCUAGAUAGGUGACUUUUUAAAAACAAAAACUAUUUCUUUUUAAAGUCCUGGCCUAUAUUUUCAUGAACAGUGUUAAGAACUGACCUUUGUGGAGUCUGUGCUCUGCUGUUACCCCAGGCAGGUUGUCUGACAGAAAAGGAAAGUGUUUCUGCAUUUUUUUG